AUGUCAUCGGGGACCCUUUACAUCAGAGACUCGCGCACCAACGCGGAGUAUGAAAUCCCAAUCAGACGAAAUGCAGUCUCAGCGAUGGACUUCAAGAGAAUCAAAGCCCCAGCGGCUGGCGCAGACCGAGCGGAUCAAGUUGCCAGUGGACUACGCGUGCAUGACCCCGGGUUGCAGAAUACUACUGUCGUGGAAACAAGGAUAAGUUUUUCCGAUCAUGAGAAGGGACUCCUUUUAUUUCGUGGGUAUACUUUGGAGCAGCUAUGGGACAGCGAUUUCGAGGAUAUGCUGCAUCUCCUUGUCUGGGGGAGUUAUCCUACAGCAUUGCAGAAGAAGGAAUUGAGCCGGAAGCUCUCUGAGGAAAUGACUAUGGUUCCCAAAAGCGUGCACAGGACCAUAGAAACACUGCCAAGGACCACCUCACCCCUGCCUCUCAUGUUAGCCGGACUUUCAGCGUGUCUAGCAUACGCCCCGGAGAGUAUACCUGCAUCAACUAAACCCGAUCUAUAUCAAAGCAAUAGCAAUGUGGUCGACCGCGCAAUCAUUCGAACCGUUGCAGCCUACGCGGUCGUUUUCGGGCUGGUAAACUGCCAUCGAAGAGGGAUCCCAUUUGCACAACCCUCGCGCCACAAGUCUUACCUGGAGAAUUUGUUCCAGAUGGCGGGCCUGGUAGACCAAACUACCGGACGCCCAGAUCCCACAAAGCUAUCAUGUUUCCGGCGCUUUGCCAUGCUCAACGCGGACCAUGGCAUGGCUCUGUCUGUAUUUUCAGCACUGGUCACAACAUCAUCUCUCACAGACCCUAUAUCGUGUCUGAUAACAGCAACAGGGGCAGCAUUUGGGCCACUUCAUUUCGGUGCUACCGAGUCAGCCAACCUCGCGCUGCGGGAGAUCGGAACGCCAGAGAAGGUUCCCAAGUUCAUCGAAGAGGUGAAACAGGGCAAACGAAGACUCUUCGGAUACGGACAUCGCUCGUACAAGGGGCUGGAUCCCAGAGUUGCUCCAAUCAGGUCUAUUCUCAAGGAUUUGGAUACCUCUUCGAACAGUCUCAUAAAAGUCGCCGAACGGAUAGAGCAGGUUGCCUCGGCCGACGGCUAUUUCAGGAGCAGAGGACUCUACCCCAAUGCUGACUUCUACGGGAAUUUUGUCUUUACCGGGAUAGGGUUUGAACCAGAACUGAUUCCGGCCGCCAUGAUGUCCCAGCGUAUCAUGGGCGUAAUGGCACACUGGCGGGAGUAUAUGUGUAAGUCUUUGCAAGAAUCGGUAAGAUAUCGGCGAGUUUCUGACCUCAAGUACGUUUAG